CAACUCUCCACCUCCCAAACCACCAACCACCCCUCCCAUGUCCACGCCCACCUGAGACGCGACAAUGCCUGCACCAGGCGACCAAUACGCCUCCCCGCACAUCAAGAACCCCUUCGACGAACGCUCCGUCUCCGCCUUCACAGCCGCCGAAAUCGCAACCCUGCAAAGCCGCCUGGACAAGCAGCUGGGUCCCGAGUAUGUUUCGCAUCGAUCCGGCGCCGGAGGGAGCAAAGUAGCGUAUUUGGAGGGGACCAAGGCGAUUGCGUUGGCGAAUGAUGUGUUUGGCUUCAAUGGGUGGAGUAGUUCGUUGCAGCAGGUGCAGAUUGAUUAUGUGGAUGAGAGUCCGAAUGGGAGGGUGAAUCUAGGGCUGUCAAUUGUCGUGAGGGUUACGUUGAGGGAUGGCACGUAUCAUGAGGAUAUAGGCUACGGCACCAUCGAGAACUGCAAAGGCAAGGGUGCUGCCUUUGAGAAGGCGAAGAAGGAAGCCGCGACAGAUGGAUUGAAACGCGCACUUCGUAACUUCGGCAAUGUCCUGGGCAAUUGCCUCUACGAUAAGGAGUACCUAAAAAAGAUUGGGAGUAUGAAGGUCAAGCCGACAAAGUUCGACGAAUCCAAAUUACACAGGCAUCCGGAUUUUCGGCCCCCGCCACAGGUUAAGGAGGAAUGUGCAGCGGUGAAGAAGGAGGAAAAUGCAAUGGUAUCCGUGGGACAGGAUGGGGUGUCGAGAACGGCGGCCCAACGGACACCUACGGGUGAAAGCAUGGAUUUCGACGACGAGUUUGGCGGGAAUGAUUUUGAUGGCGUCGAGUUCAGCGAGCAUGGCGGCGAUGAAUUCACGCUCGACAGUCUCUCUGUCCCUGAAGAUGGCCCGGGAAAAGCUCCCGAGGUGUCGAUUGGAUUAGUUCAGAAUAGCGGACCACUACAGCGACCUGGCGUGGCGAUAAACAAUGGCACAGCCCAACAGCCUACAAGACGAAUGCCAUCGAUACCCUCGGGCAAUGCAGCGAAUGGUACCAGCCAACCCCGACGACAAGAACAACAACGGAAUCAAGGACUACCUAGGUCAGGCGCUCAAGCACCCCAGACGCCCGUCCGUCCAGAGGCACAGCGACCCCAUGGGCCCGGAGCAACAGUCGACAUCCACGCUGCUCCCAACGCCGCCGCUCAGCAAGCUCAGCAAAGACAGCCUUUCAACCCAACCCCUCCUCAAGCCCAGCAGAACAGCAAUAACAGCAAACAACCUCCUGCCCCGCAUCAACAACAACAACAACAGCAGCAGCCCGCACACCCUCGUCCACCGCAACAGGAGGAACAAGGCCAUCCUUUCGCCAUACCAGCAGCAGCGCAAGUCGGCUUCUUACAUCCCAAAGCUGCGGAACGCCUUCGAGACGUGGAUCCCUCAGGGCCGCUCCCCCCAGAAGUAAAAGUAUUCAACCCGCACGCCGAAUCUCCGCAGCUCGAAGCGAAGAGGACCCCUGGAAUUGACCGCUCAAGGUCCAUGAAGAUUAAGAGGGAGCAGGUUGGUCUGCCGCCGGCAAACUUACCUGGUCAGCAGGGGCAGCAGGGGGGCAUCGGAGUUGGACUUGGGAUGAGGAACAGUAACGUGGCUGGCGGUGUUCACGGUGGUGGAGGAGGCCAACCCUUCCGACCUCUCACGACGGCCGCGACGACGACGACGGUGAAUAAUGCUCGUCCGCAUCCGAAUUUUGUGAAUCCGAAUACGGAUCCGAAUCGGAGGAUUGGGGUCCCUGGGGGUGGACAUGCGAUGAGUCCGUUGGCGAAUCGGGGGGCGUAUAAAUCUCCUGUUAUCCAUGGGCAGGGCGGGAACGGGGCGGCAACAGCAGGAGGAGGAGGAGGAGGUGGAGGAGUCAAAAGACCCCCGCUGGCGGAUGUUAGUACCCAUUAUUCUAACGGGGGCAAUGGCGGAAACGGGGGUAUAGGCGAUGGAGGAGCAGAAGGCGGGAUGGAGCCGAAUAAGAGACCGAGGUUGGACGGUGGGGGGAUGGGAGGGAAGGCACUGGAUAGGGAGAACGUGGCGCCAGGGGAUGCGUCGUAGAAUGGUAUGAGGAGGAGAGAGAGAGUGGGGGAGUUUUGUUCGAUCUCCUGAGCGUUCUGAUUCGGAUCAUUCCUCGGCGACGAGCUGUGUUGCUCGUUUUCUGGCAUUUGCUUUUGGUGUUUUCCUUUUUUCUUUGGCGUUGGGUGUUGGACGGAAUGCACGUUGCACGUUGCACGUUGCAGGGUGCGGAAUCUAACCUGCCGGUAUUCUUUAAAGUCAGUCGGGUUUGGCAAUGCAGGCGGUUUGGAAGGGGAGAAGGAAGGUCUAGGGAUGGCGCCUUUUUUUGGGUACUUUUGGCUUUCCUUUUCUUCACCCUUUUGGGCCGCGCAGAAAUGAUAAGCGAAGAGCGAAGAAAGGGGUUGACAGAUACAUCAAUACUACUUCUAUUGAAC